CCCCCCAGUCCUCCUCCCCUCCCCUCCAGCAUGGUGCUCGCGGCCCCGCUGCUGCUGGGCUUCCUGCUCCUCGCCCUGGAGCUGCGGCCCCGGGGGGAGGCGGCCGAGGGCCCCGCGGCGGCGGCGGCGGCGGCGGCGGCGGCGGCCGGGGCCGGGGGGGAGCGUUCCAGUCGGCCGGCCCCGUCCGUGGCGCCCGAGCCGGACGGCUGCCCCGUGUGCGUGUGGCGGCAGCAUAGCCGCGAGCUGCGCCUGGAGAGCAUCAAGUCGCAGAUCCUAAGCAAACUGCGGCUCAAGGAGGCGCCCAACAUCAGCCGAGAGGUGGUGAAGCAGCUGCUGCCCAAGGCGCCGCCGCUGCAGCAGAUCCUGGACCUGCAUGACUUCCAGGGCGACGCGCUGCAGCCCGAGGACUUCCUGGAGGAAGACGAGUACCACGCCACCACCGAGACCGUCAUUAGCAUGGCCCAGGAGACGGAUCCUGCAGUGCAGACAGAUGGCAGUCCUCUCUGUUGCCAUUUCCACUUCAGCCCCAAGGUGAUGUUCACAAAGGUACUGAAGGCACAGCUGUGGGUGUACCUUCGGCCUGUGCCCCGCCCAGCCACAGUCUACCUGCAGAUCUUGCGACUGAAACCCCUAACUGGGGAAGGGACCGCAGGGGGAGGGGGUGGAGGCCGCCGUCACAUCCGUAUCCGUUCACUCAAGAUUGAGCUGCACUCGCGCUCCGGCCACUGGCAGAGCAUCGACUUCAAGCAAGUGCUACACAGCUGGUUCCGCCAGCCACAGAGCAACUGGGGCAUCGAGAUCAACGCCUUUGAUCCCAGUGGCACAGACCUGGCUGUCACCUCCCUGGGGCCAGGAGCUGAGGGGCUGCAUCCUUUCAUGGAGCUUCGAGUCCUAGAGAACACAAAACGGUCCCGGCGGAACCUAGGCCUGGAUUGUGAUGAGCACUCAAGCGAGUCCCGCUGCUGCCGAUAUCCCCUCACAGUGGACUUUGAGGCUUUUGGUUGGGACUGGAUCAUCGCACCUAAGCGCUACAAAGCCAACUACUGCUCCGGCCAAUGCGAGUACAUGUUCAUGCAAAAGUAUCCGCAUACCCACUUGGUGCAACAGGCCAAUCCGAGAGGCUCUGCUGGGCCCUGCUGCACCCCUACCAAGAUGUCCCCUAUCAACAUGCUCUACUUCAAUGACAAGCAGCAGAUUAUCUACGGCAAGAUCCCUGGCAUGGUGGUGGAUCGUUGUGGCUGCUCCUAAGGUGGGGGACAGUGGAUGCCUUCCCCACAGACCCUACCCUGAGACCCCAGCCCUGGCCCCCAUCUCCCCAAGCCCUAGAGCUCCCUCCACCUCUUCCCAUGAACAUCACACCUUGUUCCCUGACCAAGCAGUGUGCAAUACAACAGAGGGAGGCAGGUGGGGGUUGAGGGACAAGGGGUUGGGGAAACGGGAAAGGAGGGACAGACAUAGUUAGGGUGGAGUGUUUGAUGUUUGCAGGUAAGAAGGUUUGGCAAGAAGAGAGAUGUAGAGACAGAAGUACAGAGGGAUAGAGACAGGAACAAACAGCAACAUUGAGAAGGCAAAGGAAUAGAGAGGCAGAAGAGACAAGAGACUAGGCAGAGACAAACAAUGAGAAAGAGACAGAAAUGGAGUAAUAAAUGAAAGCCCCACA